UUAUGGCAGUUGUCACUAAAAACCUACACUGCUCUCUUUGAUAUUAUUUCUAACCUGCUGUGAAUCAUAUUCUAUAUAUUUUUAAUAUCCGUCUCCACAUUUGCCACCUUCAUAGGAAACAAAUUGGUACCCGAACUCCUUAUCGGACUCUCCACUUACUUCCUCACCACCUGAAAGUCCACGCAUUCGCUCCAAUUCUCUUACUUAAUUCUUAUCCCUUUCUUCUCAUCAUCCCCACUAACCAUCGCCUUUUCUACUGCUCCAGUAUUUUCUCUGCUGAGACCUCGACCCGUUUUCACAACCCGACCCGUUUAAAUACCAGUUCAAGGAACUCCAUAGAGGCAUUUCCUUAUUCUUCCAGGAUGCAUGCUUUAUCAGACCCGCAAAAGAAAAAAAAAAUUCAGCAUGAUAACGACCUACAAAAGAGUGAAGUUGGGACUUUUUGGACUGUGUGUCUAUAUUGCUACUAUAUGUACGAGUAUGAUGGGGUUUAUAAGGAGUGUUGUUUGAGGUGUCAAAACUGUAAGAGGCCUUUUCAUGGGGUACCAGUGGCACCGCCGCCGGUGGGUAUGGUGGUGGAAGGGAAAGAACACUAUUAUUGCGGGCUUGGGUAUUUUCCAUUGAAGUAUGAUUUGGGUGUUUUCUUGGGUGACAAGAAAGGUGAAAGUAGUGGUGGUUGUGGUGAUUCUUUCUUGGGUGGAGAGAAAGGGAAAAAUGAAGACUUUGUGGUAAUUUGUGAUGACAGUGACGAUGGUGAUUGUGGAAGGGGGCAAGAGGGAGAAAACAGAAGUGGAAAAGAUUGUGGCUUGGGAUUAGAAGGUGAAACGGUAAAGAAUGUUAUUGUCGGUCAAUAAGGAUCUUUGGUGCAGGGGGGGUCUGAAACCAAGGUUGAUAUUGAUGGGAUGAUUGUGAAUAAAAAGGUAAAGUCAGUGGCAAGGAAAACAAAAAAGGUGAUGGGGAGAGGGAAGAAAGUUAUGAUGGUAGAAUCCAGUGGAAAUCAGGGAACUGGAGUUGGAGGGAUGUCAAAUAUGAGUGGUGAGUUUACUGAAGAGGAUGGAGAUGCACAACCAGAAACUGCAGGUAGAAAUGGAAGUAUAGAAGGAUCUUUUGAGAGUGAAUUGGAGUUCGUUAUGGGAGAGGAUGAUAUCUACGUUGGUUUCAAGACUGAUGCUUGAUGACAGAAAUGGGAUAGAUUAAGAAGGUUUCUUGGAGUUCUAUUUAGGGGGAAAAAACUUUUUCUUUUUUUCUCUGUAUAAUGGUAUAGCAUAGAGUAGAAAAAAUUGGCUACAUAGUAUCAUAGUUGAAAAGGAAAGUUAAAAUUACCUUUUAGUUCUCCAUAAUGAAAUAGUUAUGGUUGAGUUGUUGACAAUCUGCUUUUUUUCUAUAUUAUGAAAAGGAAAGGAAAUAUCUACUAUUGUUCUUGCCUUGUGU